AGACGGAGACAGAGACAGAGACAGUGUGUUCUGUCUCUCUCACACACACACACACACACACACGCGCGCGUGCGCGCGCGCUCUCUGGAACAGCAUCUCUGAUCGAGCGCGCGAGGAGGAGUGAGCGUGUGUGUGUGCGCGCGCGUGUCGGCGUAUUUGAUGCCGGGGAGGUAAACACACACUCGGGCUCGAGGACACGUAUGGACGCGUUCGUGUGACUUAUGGACAGACGCGAGGAGGAGACGGCGAGCAGGAGACCGAGGAGGACGCAGCCGUCACACUCCAGACCUGGGUGUGUAGAGUGAAGUGGAGGGAGGCUCAUGGCUUCAUUAUGGGGCCUGGGCCGGCUUCAGUGGCUGGUUCUGGUCCUGGCCCUGACGGCCGUCCAGUGCUCAGGCUGCCCUCCUCGCUGUGACUGCGCGGCGCAGCUCCGUUCCGUGUCCUGCCAGCGCAAGCGUCUCUCCGGCGUCCCGGAGGGCAUCCCGACAGAGACCAGGCUGCUGGAUCUGAGCCGGAACCGCCUGCGCUGGGUGGCCCCGGGAGAUCUGGCUCCGUACCCGCGACUAGAGGAGCUGGAUCUGAGCGAGAACCUGAUCAGCACGCUGGAGCCCAACGCCUUCGCCAGCCUGCAGGCUCUACGGACGCUGAGACUCAGAGCCAACCAGCUCAAGCUCGUGCCCAUGGGAGCCUUCGCACGGCUGGCCAACCUCACCACACUGGACCUGAGCGAGAACAAGAUCGUCAUCCUGCUCGACUACACCUUCCAAGAUCUGCGCAGUCUUAAGAACCUGGAGGUGGGGGACAAUGACCUGGUCUACAUCUCUCACAAGGCUUUCUCAGGAUUGAUCGGUCUGGAAGAUCUGACCAUUGAGAGGUGCAACCUGACGUCCAUAUCGGGCCAGACUCUGUCUUACCUGCGUAACCUGGUCACCCUUCGCCUGCGACACCUCAGCAUCUCAGCCCUUGAGGACCAGAACUUCCGCAAGCUGUCUGCGCUGAGAGGCCUGGAGGUGGACAGCUGGCCGUACCUGGAGUACAUCUCACCGCUGAGCUUCCAGGGUCUUAAUCUGUCCUGGCUCUUUAUCACCAACACCAACAUCAGUUCGGUGCCGUCAGCCUCCUUCAGGAACCUGGCCUACCUGACGGCCCUGAACCUUUCCUACAAUCCCAUCUCUACUCUCGAGUCCUGGGCCUUUCGAGACCUCAUCAGACUGAAGGAGCUGCACAUGGUCAGCACUAACCUGCUCACCGUGGAGCCUCACGCACUGGGAGGUCUGCGUCAGAUUCGAGUCUUGAACCUGUCCAACAACGAUCUGGUGACGCUGGAGGAGAGCUCCUUCCACUCGGUCAACAGCCUGGAGACGCUUCGAGUGGACGGGAACCCACUGUCCUGCGACUGUCGUCUGCUGUGGAUCCUGCAGCGCAGACGCACCCUGAACUUCGACGGGAAGAUGCCGGUGUGCUCCGGACCGCCGGAGGUGCAGGGAUACCUGUUGAGCAUGUUCACCGAUUCCGCAUUGUUCGACUACUUCACCUGCCAGAAGCCCAAGAUCCGUAAUCGGAAGCUGCAGCAGGUGACGGCUCACGAAGGCCAGCCGGUGUCGUUCCUGUGCCGAGCCGAAGGCGAGCCGACUCCGGCCAUCAUCUGGAUCUCCCCGCAGAGACGGAGGAUCACUUCCAAGAGCAACGGCAGGAUCACAGUUCUCCCCGGCGGGACGCUGGAGAUCCGAUACGCGCAGGUGACGGACAGCGGCACGUACAUCUGCAUCGCCAGCAACGCGGGCGGAAACGACACCUCCGCCACGCUGACCGUCAAGGGCCAGCCGUCGGAUUCGGCUCUCUUCGCCAACCGCUCGCUGUACGCGGUGGACUUCAACGACAGGCUCAACAGCACGCGCGUUUUCCUCAAGUUCACGCUGGAUUUGACCACCAUCCUGGUGUCCACGGCCAUGGGCUGCAUCACUUUCCUGGGCGUGGUGCUCUUCUGCUUCCUGCUGCUGUUCGUGUGGAGCCGCGGACGAGGACAGCGCAAGAACAACUUCACGGUGGAGUACUCCUUCAGGAAGACCGAGGGACCCACCACCACCGGCGGAUCCGGAGGAACCCGCAAGUUCAACAUGAAGAUGAUAUGAAACAACGCAGCCAGGGGCCCCCUGGGAGAAGCAUAAACGCCCAACGCUAACACACACGGUGCUGAAUCGCAGAAAUCAUACAUCGUGCACGCAGAAACCUGACCACCUUGCAGUGUUAUUCAUGUACAAUUAAAAUAGGAUUCUAUAUUUAUGAAAUGGUUUUGGUUUUUAUAUUAUGUUUUCAUUUUGUUUUUUAUUUUUGCUGCAGGCUUUUUGUUUUACUUUACUUUUUUAUAUUAGUAAUAAAGAGAAAGUCUGA